UUCAUCAAUCUCAAAUAAACUUCCCCAGCCGCAUUCUUUCAUCCACCUGUCCCAAUUAUCGCGUCGAUUUCCAUACAUUUGAUACCCGGUGCCCCGGUGCCCCGGUUUUCUGGAGUGGAAUAUAAACUUAAAAGAAUUAGUCUAAAACUAAAAUUGUUUUUUUUUUCUUGGAAUCACCAUGGCUACAGACGUGGAUCUACCAAAACGUCAAAUCACUCCCAUCCCAGCACCUGUCCUCCCCAUAUCCGUCCCGCAAAAACGACCCCUCGAGGAUGACUACGCGCCUCCCGUCUCUUCACCACUUAACCCUAAUCCUGAUAUAAAACCUACUAAAUCGCAUGACGACGUUUCAUCAACAACAAUGGCGCGUGAGAAACCAGGUAGGAAACCGAAGGACGCGUCCAAGAAACGAGAAUCCAAGGGAGGCGUAGGUGCCGACAGCUCUAGAGCUACACCCGACCCAAAGAUCAAAGAGCUUCCCCCGAACGAGUCUUCGCCUUUGCGUUAUAAGCUAGCACCUCCGAAGCCUUCUGAUUUCGAAACCGCUCGAGGUCCCGUCUUUACUCCCCACCACGAAGUCACCGCUCCCGAUGGUUCUACUAUCCAAUUCUACGAGACAUCUGAACAUGUCUACAAUAAAAAGAGCUUUCACUACCUCCACUGCAUAGCCGACCCUGCCUUCCCUUCCUCUUUCUACUACCGACAAACCGAACCCGAACCCUACGGCGCCCAUAUCAGCUUCGAAGAUGCUGCUACUCAUAUGUAUAUGGACCAAUCGGGUCGACACAUAACCACAGAUAAGGGAUUCAGGUCCGCAAGAGCCAAUGUUGCUAUACGUCAAGGUCGAUGGUACUGGGAAUGCAAAAUCACGAGAGGUACUGUUAAGGACAAAUCCGAUGGGAAUGCCGAGUCGCAUGGUCACGUACGCAUGGGGUUUGCAAGACGAGAAGCUUCGUUAGACGCGCCGGUUGGAUUUGACGCCUACAGCUACGGUAUUCGAGAUGUACAAGGUCAGAAGGUUCACAUGUCGCGACCGAAGGACUUCUUCCCUCCCGGUGAAGAAAUUAAGGAAGGAGACGUGAUCGGACUCGAGAUACAAUUACCAUCCGAGACCCUGCACCGAAAGGUCGUACAGGGUCAAUACAACCCAGCCGUGGAUCUACUAGUCGAGGAGGAGCCGGCCGCAACGGAAGCAGCUAAUAUCGUCCGAGACCGAAUACCGAUUCGAUUUAAGCAGCAUAUAUACCUCGAGAAGAUCGACUACCACACAACAAAGGAGCUAGAGGAUCUCAUGAACCCAUCUCCUGCAGGACCUUCGGGUACAAUAGGUAGCAGACCCGCCGACCGACCCAAUCCACACCAUCAAGUCCCCGCCCUACGUACGCUCCCAAAGUCAUGUAUCCGCAUCUAUAAGAACGGUACAUUAAUGGGUACACCCUUCACCGACCUUCUGGCCUUCCUCCCGCCGGCUUCAAAGCCCCAGGCUCAAGUCGGCGCACGAGAGGGAAUGGAUGAUGGUAUGGCGGGGUACUACCCCGCGAUCAGCGUAUUCCGCGGUGGUGCCGCCGAAGUUAACUUCGGCCCAGAAUUCUGGUAUCCCCCUCCCGGCAUCCUCGACGCCGACGGAGACGGGGAUGUUGAUAUGGUAGACGUGGAUACCGUGCACGUAGCAUCGUCGGCAUCGAAGAAUAACCUGGAUAAAGUCCGGUCGGUAGCCGAGCGAUACGACGAGCAGGUAGUUGAAGAUGUAGUCGCGGACGUAGUCGACGAGGUGGACUUCUGGAUGCGGGAUGGUGCACGAGUAAUCGACCGUACCGGAGGUCGCGAUGCGAAGGCUGAGACGACAGCUGGUAUCGCCCCCGGUAGAGAGGAAAUCAAGGAGCUCGUCCAGGACGACGAUUAGAACCCGCCGCCCAAGAGACGACGACCCAGCUCUAAAGGUACUUGUGCUAGUGCUGUGAAGACACCUACUAGCAUUCCCAGUACUAAUAAAAGGCCCGCUACUGUUAGGCGUGCUUCUGCCGGUAAGGCGACGCCGAAAGUGAUG